AUGGAUGAACACGCUCAAGCAGCCGGCUCACCGGCGCCCAGCCCUGCAAGACCUGGCAGGGGGGGUUACCGCAGAGGCGGUUUUUCUGGUAGAGGAGGUGCCAGAAAAACCAUCAAUCGCAAACCCGUCGUGACUAAACGUGGCGGCAAUCGUGGCAGAGGCCGCGGCCGUAACAAGACUUACGACCAUCCCCGUGUUCAGUCUGCCUAUGAGCGCUCGAAGGAGCUGCGAGAUUUGUACUCAGAUGUUUCAUCAGCCAUGAAGCCGGCUCUUGAAAGACUUGCUGAACACACACUUAAUCAAAUGAUUGAGGAUCCAGAGUUCCACAAAAAGGUGCCUGAAUACGCAGCUAUCCAGAACGAACUUGACACCAGGCUUGAAACCACUCUCCGGCGUUUAGAUGCCGAAGAAAUCUUGAGGUUACAUAUAGUUGCGGAGAAGCAUCAGUUGGAAGACGAAAUCAGUCACGAGAAAUUCACGAAUGGUUAUGAUUACAAAACUGAUGAAUUUCUUGACGGAAUCCUCAACAGAAUGAGCAUCUUAGCAGAGCUUCGACGUGACGAUUACGGCACUAAUAUUCCUGCUUCCUACACAUUCGUACGCGAGGACGAUGCAGUGGCCAAGGAUCAGGGACCAUAUGUGUUCCACCAUCCCGCCAAAGGUCAUGAAGUGCCGUACCCUCAUCUCCUCCCCGACAUCAAAACUUCGGCACUCAGAACAACCCUUGCACGAAAGCCCCAGGCCAGAGCCGGGCCUAAACGUAAGGCUGAGGACGUGCUUGACGGCCAACCAGAGUUGAAGAAAUUCCUUGGCUCCUCCCUUGGUCGCGACGCUGGUCACGACGCAUCAACCCCUCGCCCGCGCCAUAUUGGUGGUCUACUUAGUGCAGAGACCGAUCCGGAUGGUGAGCCCGAAUCAAAUGCGCCAUCACCUACGCCCCUCGAGGAGGGCAUGUCGCCCGAGUCUUCGCAGCAAGAAACUGUUGCGAAGAAAGAAAAAGACUUGCCUGAUUUCCCAACAGGCACGGCAGAACCCGACCAAUGCGGCGUUCGGACGGUGUACAAGAGAGGUCCAAAGGCCAACAACCGUAUUAUCAUCCCAUGUGUAUUCGAGUUUGAUGAGGACGAUAUUGGCUUCCGGGACUCCACCAACGAUUCGACCCGCAAAGCCACCAAGAAUAGCCGCGGAAGAUUCCUUAAUCAACCGAACUCACGUGCUUGGCACCUUGACCAGACAAUUGUCAACUACAACGUACUUGACAACAAAGAUGGCGAUCUUGAUCCAAAACUGGUGAAGAAGCACAAAGUCCACCCCAAGUACGGAUUCUUUCUUCCGGAUUCCAUAAACGAGUCAGAACCUCCGAAUGAGAACGUUGACACGACUCGUCCGAUUGUUAUUGUCACACCAGAUGGCAGCACUCUUCACGCCUCACGCUCAGUCCGUCCUAAGCUCAUGGACAAUGCUCUAAGAGCAGAUCGAGGCAAGGCCAAGAUUGGGGUCAUGGUAGAGAAGCUCAGAGAGAGCUUAGGACUUGACAUUGAAGACAUCACAACCCCAGAGAUUCGUAAGAAGCAGCAAGAGGAAGAAGAAAGAAAUGCUCUUCCCAGCGAGCCCGAGGACGAAGAAGAGAUCCUACUGGUGGUGCCUCGCGAGGAGCCUGUUGUCAUCGCCAACGAUAUCAGGACCCAGCUUAAGCGGCAGCGCGGUACUGCGCAGCUUCUUAGAGCGGCUACACAAUUGGAGGAGGAGGAAGUGAUCCGAGAGGCAUCCAUGCCAAAUCCACGGGCCACUAGACCUUAUGAUGCAGUUCGGGACAUUUUUGGAUUCUCCGGCCCUCCUGUUUCGCACACAGUGCACCAUCAUCACCCUGUGGACACGUUCGGGCUUAGUUUUCUUGCAGACGUUUCUGAGAACCCGGACGCCUUCAGAGUUCCUCUGGGUAACGUGAUGGCUGAUCCAUCCAUGAUUGAUCCAGCACUUCGUCAAGGCCCUCCCUCACAUGGAUUCCUUCAAACUGCUCUCAACCCUCCCCCGUACGCGUCCAUCGCACCUGCACCCUUGCAAAGUGUGGAUGGACGGGAACCAAUUCCGGCGCGAAAUCCUUUCACCAGUCAAAGCACCGGUAGGGCAAGCCCGGCUCUCCCACCCCUUCGUCCGAGCGGGCGUGAUAAGGGCCCUGGGGCUCGCGCUUCGUUCGCAGAAGGCCAACUGCCAUAUGCCCCUUCUCCAGCAACACUAGCAGCGGCACCGAUCCGUCCUCAGCCGCUUGCUCCAACUCAAGACUAUGAGCAUUCCCACAUGCUACAUGGCAACGGAGGUGGCUUCUAUCCUGGUACCACGCAUCGUCCGUUCCACCACGGAUACCCGACGCAUGAGCAGCCGCCUAUUGUACCACUGGCUCCACGCCAUGGAGCACCGGUACCCGCGCCGCUCAUCAUCCCAAGCCAACAAUCGCAUCCUUCUCAGCAUCUACCUUACUCUACUAUAUCACCCACAACGCUUUCGGGCCAGGCACCACUUGCGCCAAUGCCACCUCACAUGGGACCAUCUCCGCCUGCUCAGUCCCAAGCAGCCAUAGGGCCUCCGUUGAUGGCACACUCUCCAACCUCAUCGACUCCUCGCUCGCGAGGAUCUGUCUCAUCAAACAACGGCCAGCAAAAUGCUGGUAAGUACCGUAAGAUUGCCGCUGCGCCGAUUCCUUACAAUAGACAGUGGGCAUCAAAUGGUGGCACAGAGCUGCGACUGUCGAACUACGACCCCAAGGGCGCCAUUAAAGACUAUAUGGCAAACGAACCUCCCCCGCGAACCGGCCCGACGACCAUUCGAGGAUGGUCUGUCAACAACGGGCAGAGGAGUCGUAAUCGAGCCGGAUCGCGAAAGGACGAUUCUGUUGAAGACACCGAAUCUCCCAAAUAA